AUGGGAAGCAGCAAGAACGACCAUGACCAUAUCGACCCUUUGGACACAAGGCCCAAUGAUGCCUCUUCCGGCACACAGCGUAGAUCCUCUUCCACUGCCGAGAAACCACAUCCUUCCGAGUUUCUCGAGUUCGCUACUGUCCCAGGAAGCGGCGUACGCCUCCAGCCGCUUAACGUCGGCUCACCGACAGCCAACCGAGCGACUUCACCAUCAGCCACCGUGACGAACCCGACACACUCGAACGAUGCGCUCUUCGAAGGCCUCUCGCAAGCGAUACCCAAUCUGCGAAGACUAAGCGUCGAAGCUCGUGCGGCGGCCAAGGCGGAACAUCGCAUGGGCUUCUUUGCCGGUUGCAGGACGUAUCCAAAAGCGAUCUUGUGGAGCGCAAUGCUGUCUCUCACAAUCGUGAUGGAGGGGUACGAUCUCACGCUGAUCAACAGCUUCUUCGCUUUCCCAACGUUUCGCCGCAACUACGGCACCCUCCACAUACCCGUGGAUCCGACCCAGCAGCCAACCCACCAGAUCUCGCCUCCAUGGCAGAGCGGAUUGACGAAUGCUGCUGUUACUGGUGAGAUUUUGGGACUAAUGCUCAACGGCUACCUGACGGAUCGUUUUGGCUACCACAAGACAAUGGUCUUCACCUUGGUCUGGAUGAGUCUGUUCGUGUUUCUGGCGUUCUUCGCUGUGAACAUCGAGAUGCUGCUUGCGGCGCAGGUGCUUUGUGGGCUACCUUGGGGCAUUUUCCAGACGCUAAGUACGACAUACGCAGCCGAGGUGAUGCCGGUCGUGCUGCGAUCGUAUCUCACAUCGAACGUGAACUUGUGUUGGCUUGUCGGCCAGCUGCUGGGAAGCGGGAUAGUGCGGGCGAUGAUCCACAACACGAGUGAAUGGUCUUACAGAAUUCCAUUUGGUCUUCAAUGGGCUUUUGCCAUUCCAAUACUGGUGGGAGUGUGCUUUGCGCCGGAGAGCCCUUGGUGGUUGGUCAGGCAUGACAAACCAGAGGAGGCGAAGCGUGCGUUGAAGCGAUUGACGAGUGAUGGCGGCGAGGAAAGCGAAUUCAACGCGGAUGAGACGAUCAGUAUGAUGAUACAUACGAACGAAGUCGAAAAAUAUCUGAGCGGUGGUCAGGAGGGCUACAUGGCGUGCUUCAGACAAGGAUCGGAUAGGAGGAGGACGGAGAUCGCCUGUAUGGUUUGGGUGACGCAAGCAAUGUGUGGUAGUACUCUCACCGGAUACGCCGCAUACUUCUAUGAAGCCGCAGGGUUUGAUGUGGCCAAUUCGUUCAACUUGACGGUGGGAAUGUACGGGAUCGCGAUAUGUGGACACAUCAUGUCGUGGUUCUGGAUGCGGAGAAUCGGACGGCGGACGCUGUAUCUGACGGGACUGAUUUUAAGUUUCCUUAUUCUGCUGGCAGGCGGCGCCGUUGGGACGGUGAGGCAGACAGAGGCGACAUCCUGGGCGUUGGGAUCGUUGAUCAUCGUGCUGACUGGGGUCUACGACAGCACAAUCGGUCCGGUCUGCUAUGUUCUUGUGGCUGAGAUCCCAUCGUCAAGGCUCCGUGUCAAGACUGUGGUCCUUGCUCGUGUGGCCUACAAUAUUGUCAGCAUCUUGACGAAUAUCGUAACGCCUCGCAUGUUAAACCCAUCUGCUUGGGAUUGGGCUGGGAAGUCCUGCUACUUCUAUGCAGGGACCACGGUGAUUUGUCUGGUCUGGUGUUGGUGGAGGCUUCCUGAGCCAUUCGGCCUUACCUACCUGGAACUCGAUAUUCUCUUCGAAAAGAAAGCCAAGGCGAGAAAGUUCAAGGAGUUCCAGGUGAAUCUGGCAAAUUCGGGCUAUUUCAGUCUCACAAAUCAAGGGAGAGACGCCAGUGUGGCGAGUGCAGGAGGUAUGAGGGCCGGCAGCGCUGCUGCUUGGGUUCCGGGGCGGUAG